AUGCCUUCAAUAUUCAAAAAACUAUCAUCCAAGCGCAAGUCUACAGGUAUAAGCAAGAAAAAGUCGUCUGACCAAUCCAGCAUCUUCCGCCUGAAGAAAUCUUCCAACGAACAAAAACCCACCAUUGAUCCCCCAACCACCAGCAGUGAUGGAGGGCAAUUCGAACAGCCAUGCCUCACAUGGACGUCAUCCUUUGAGUCGGCAGCAGAGUCGCAAGUCAUUGUUCCCUCAUUUUCAAACUCCAGUGAUGAAUCCUCUUCGCAAUCCGAAAUUGAAUCAUUGAAACAAUCCCAUUCGGAAGAAUUAGAACGAAUGUCCGCCCAAAUCUCCAAACUCGAAAAGGCCAAUGAAAGCUUGAAAAUGGAAAAAGAAACUUCAGAACAAGCCAUGCUGGAACAAGAAAGUGAGAUCAUUCAAAAGAACUCGGAAAUCAUCAGUCUGAGCGAUUCUCUAGCAAAGACGACGGCCAAGGUCGAAGAAGAAGAAUCAUCAUCCACCACAAAUAAUACUAGGGCAAGGACACUCUCGGAAGAGAUUUUCGGUAAUGAAUACCAACGAAAGUACGAAACUGUUCAGACCAUUGUUUAUCAUCAAGAGCUUGACAUUGUCACCAAGGCGGAAGAGAUUUCCUAUCUGCAAAGCGCCUUGCGAGCCCAAGAGCUCCAGCAUGGUGCUCAAUUGAGAAUGCUUCAGGCCAAGCUGCUCGAACGAGAAGACGAAAUCAAAUCUCUGAAGGACGAAUUGACCGUGACGAGUCAGCUCGUGUCCCAAACGGCAAGUAUGCUAUUGAAACAUCAGAAAAAGGACGCUGGCUAUUUGGAAUAUUGGACUUCUGGGAGGAGCUGCAAUCACACCAAAACAUCGUAG